GCGCUCAGUCUGGUUCGCACAUUCUCGCUGCCGCGCAGUCCGGAUCCAGGUUGAUCCUGCAGGUUGGCGGCCUCGAGGAUCUUCACGCCGCCUGGCAACGGAUAAAGCUCUGAGCAGGCGCCUACUCGCUCAGCGCGGAGCGCGCGGGGACGGCGUGAGCCCCCCCGGAGGCAUCGGUGCGGGGCUCCGGGCCCCGGGCAGCGGCUGGACUCCCUGAAGGGUGCCGGUCUGUCCAUGCAGGGAAGGGGCUCCAGGAAGCCCCCCCUUGGCUAGAGCCCCCCGGCAAGGCCUAUUCAAACCCCAUUUUGUUACAAGUCACUCCUGAAGCCGCUUGAGAAGAAUGAUGUGACAGCUCCUAUCAAGAUGAUUUUUGGAAACCUGUAACAUCUGCAGAGAACGUGGCCUCUUUUCCCCUUUGGCCAAACAGACGUUCUCAAAUUCCAAAAUGCCAGCCAAGACCCCAAUUUACCUAAAAGCUGCCAAUAACAAGAAAGGCAAGAAAUUUAAACUGAGGGACAUUCUGUCUCCCGACAUGAUCAGUCCCCCCCUCGGGGACUUUCGCCACACCAUCCACAUCGGCAAAGAGGGCCAGCACGAUGUCUUUGGAGAUAUUUCCUUCCUUCAAGGGAACUACGAGCUUCUGCCGGGCCACCAGGAGAAAGCGCACCUGGGCCAGUUCCCUGGGCAUAACGAGUUCUUUCGGGCCAACAGCACCACCGACUCCAUGUUCCUUGAAACGCCCUCCCCCGUGCUCAAAAACGCCAUCUCCCUCCCGACCAUUGGGGGGUCCCAGGCACUCAUGCUGCCCUUGUUAUCGCCGGUGACAUUUAACUCCAAGCAGGAGGCCUUUGGGCCGGCAAAGCUGCCCAGGCUUAGCUGUGAGCCUGUGGUGGAAGAAAAGGCUCCAGAGAAGAGCAGGCUGCUGGCCAACGGGAGCAGCCCCCAGGGCGAUGUCUUGUGGGGCUCCAGCGGCUCAGCGUCCCAGUCCAGCCAGGACAGGAACAGCCACUCGUCCAGCCUCUCCGAGCAGUGCCCCGACUGGCCGGCAGAGGACAUGUUCGAGCACCCUGUCCACUGUGAGCUCGUCCAGGGAAAGACUGGGUCCGAGGAGUCCCUCUCUGAUCUCACUGGCUCCCUCCUUUCCUUGCAGCUCGACCUAGGGCCCUCGUUUUUGGAUGAGGUGCUGAAUGUCAUGGAUAAAAAUAAGUAACAGGGUACCAGCUCUUUGGCUUUUGGGGUAAAAAGUAUCCACAAAACUAACCAUGGGCAAGAAGAACGUCACUGGCUACACUGUAGUCGUGAUGGUUUUUUGAAAAUGUUCCUAUGAGGUGUUUUGUUUUGUUUCAUUUUUUAGACCUGUUAUGCUUUGUUUGCAAAAAGUUAAAAAAAAAAUUGUCCUGGCAGAAAGAGGAAGUGAGCCAGUCAGAGUCAUUUUCGGCGAGCACUGCUGACCUGCAGCUCCCAUAUUCUGGACUGGCCAGGAUCAGCGCGCCAUGAAGGGCUGCAGGAGUCAAGUCACGGAACUUGAAGUACUCCGACGUUUUGUGAGCAAGAGGAAGUCAAAAAAUAUUUAACAACUAAGCCUUUUUUCUAGACUCUUUUCUACAUUACACUGUUUGGGCUCACCAUAGCAAAUUCUUCAGUGUUAAAAGAUUUUUCUCUGUUUUCACAUUGGAACAACUGUAUGGGUUUUUUGGGAAUUUUCUUGCAGCUCUUAUAUAUCCCUAUAUAUUAUAUCUAUUGGCAAAUUUUUGACCGUCAGCUACAUGUUGGUAAGACACAAGCAAAGUAUUACUGUAACUAAGUUAUUUUUAAAGUUAAAAUAUAUUUUUAUGUGCCUUUGGCUUUUUAUUGCAGAGUCUACAUUUUAUAGAUAUCACAUCAAAUGUCAUUUGACUUGUUCCGUUGGGGUUCCAUUAUAAGCUGUGUUACGUGUGUGUUUGAAAAAGUAUAUUCGUACUUAUCCUUGUUUAUUUCUUCAUCUGUUAUCAUACUUCUCACAGCAGUCAACAACGGAUUGUAAAGUGUAAAGGCACAGGUCGCUCGUGAUGCUUCUGCAGAGACUGUGGGCUCCCCACGUAAUGUUAUUUGGAAAUAUGGGUAUUUUAGUACAGUGCAUACUUGCAUUACAUAGGUACUUCAUACAACACA